AUGACUGAAUUGGCCAACUACAAGCGCCUGGAGAAGGUCGGCGAGGGCACGUAUGGUGUCGUGUACAAAGCGCUGGACCUGAGGCACGGUCAGCGGGUUGUGGCCCUGAAGAAAAUCCGGCUGGAGAGCGAGGACGAGGGCGUGCCCAGCACGGCGAUCCGCGAGAUUUCGCUGCUCAAGGAGCUCAAGGACGACAACAUCGUGCGCCUGUACGACAUCGUGCACUCGGACGCGCACAAGCUGUAUCUGGUGUUCGAGUUCCUGGACCUGGACCUCAAGCGGUACAUGGAGGCGAUCCCCAAGGAGCAGCCGCUGGGCGACAACAUCAUCAAGAAGUUCAUGAUGCAGCUGUGCAAGGGCAUCGCCUACUGCCACUCGCACCGCAUCCUGCACCGCGACCUGAAGCCGCAGAACCUGCUGAUCAACCGCGACGGCAACAUGAAGCUGGCGGACUUCGGCCUGGCCCGCGCCUUCGGCGUGCCGCUGCGUGCCUACACCCACGAGAUCGUCACGCUGUGGUACCGCGCGCCCGAGGUCCUGCUGGGCGGCAAGCAGUACUCCACAGGCGUGGACAUCUGGUCCAUCGGCUGCAUCUUCGCCGAGAUGUGCAACCGCAAGCCCAUCUUCAGCGGCGACAGCGAGAUCGACCAGAUCUUCAAGAUCUUCCGCGUGCUGGGUACCCCGAGCGAGGCCGUGUGGCCGGACAUCGUCUACCUGCCGGACUUCAAGCCCAAGUUCCCCAAGUGGCACCCCAAGGACCUCCAGCAGGUCGUACCAUCGCUGGACGAGCAUGGCAUCGACCUGCUGCAGAAGCUGCUGACCUACGACCCGAUAAAUAGGAUCAGCGCGAAGCGCGCCGUCAUGCACCCGUACUUCCAGGGCCGCGCGGACGCGUGA